GUGCCCUCCCAAAGAUCCUAUUCGCUUGGCGCAGCUUCUCCGACAGGCACAGCACUCCGAAAGGACAGAUCAGGCCUUCAUUUUGCCUACGCUAAUUCUUGUCAUGUAGGCGCUGCUGCACUUGGUCAAGUUAGGCCAAGUUUCCAACCCCGAGCUAGCCGGUCUUUCACUGCAAGUCUUCUAUUGCUUCUCUUCCUCUCACAGCACAGAGUCACUCCACCUGCGCGAUACGGAAAGCUCAAUGCUUCGAAGACGCAUCAAAUCCCCACGUCUACAGCAAUCAAUCUUUACUGUUCGUCAUGGAUGCUGCGAAGCCUCAGUGGAAUUGGCCAUCUGACCUCCCUACGGGAGGCCCAGCGCGCAAAAGCCACUCUGAAGCCGACCUACCCGAGAAGACAGAGCCUAUCAAGUCUGAGGACAACGGGCAACAGGACAGAGACCAACCCCAGGAGCAACCUCGUUCUCCGCCCAAGCAAAGAUACUAUGGGCCGCGAACAUGCCGCAUUUGCUUCGAGUCGGUUCAUCCUACAUUCGAAGAGCCAAGUGUCAUGAGCGGCUUCAUGAACUCACGUCCACGACCUGUUUACAAAUCCGAUGAUCCCGACUCUGGACGACUUAUCUCACCAUGCAAGUGCAAGGGGUCUCAACGCUACGUCCACGAAGGGUGCUUGCAAGCUUGGAGGUAUGCCGACUCGACAGCCACGCGGAAUUUCUUCGCAUGUCCCACCUGCAGCUAUUCAUACAAGCUGGAGCGAUUAUCCUGGGCGAAUCGUUUGCAAGGAACCUUUGCGCAAAUAGUACUAACUAUCCUCAUCUUCAUCGUUUCGGUCUUCAUUCUGGGCUUCAUUGCGGAUCCAAUAUUGAACUUAUGGACCGAUCCCAUGGGCGCAAUCGCGGAUAUGGCAGCGAAUGUUCUCGACGACAUCGAAGCAAUUCAUGAGCCUCCCCCUGAGAUGGGUGCGGAGCCUGGAACAUGGCUGGAACACUUCCUCAAAGGCUUCUUCUCUCUUGGACUGCUUGGGUUUGUGAAGUCUCUCUUCGCUCUGUCACCCGUCCAAUGGUGGAACUUGAGGUCCAGCGGUAUCCUCAGUACUUCUGGGCGUCGAGGAGGAACUGGUCGCGCGCGUGUCGAGAACAUCAACUUGGGCUUGGUCGUCAUUGGUGCCGCUACCUUUCUGUGGGGAGUCUGGAAGGGCGUGAGAAAGUUCAGUGCUUCAGCUCUGCAGCGUGCGAGCGACAGAGUCUUCGAUGUGGGUGGUGACGAUGAUGAGGACGAAGAUAUCAAGGAAGACUAACAUAGGUCGGAAUGUGGAGAAACGCAAACAUUCUUUAUCACUCAAGAGACGGAACGCCUGUUGCGCCAUGUGUCACGAUGCCACCCGCACACUCUUAAGUUGCCUCGAAGAUUCUCUUCCAUAUCGUGUCAACUAGUCUGUGUGCGGAGAAUAAGUCCCUGCUCUGUCUUUGAAUUGAGCCGUUUUGGUUAGAUUUACUUUGGACGAGCGGACGACAUCAACCUGCUAUCAAUCAAUCAACAUUCUGUUGGCUGACCAUGCCGACGACAACUCUCAACAUCCUUUGAGUUGGCAAACGCGCAGGCUGAUACACACAUGUCUCACGGACUUAUCAAUGGCGUAGCUUGAAAUUUUGAUAGUGAUCAAAGACAUGAAUAAACUUUUAUGUGUCACAUUUCCGC